AUGCAUCGGUCAGGGUGUGUCGUGUUGGGCGUCUGCUUGUUGCAACUUACACUAGCAGUAAAAGUAAAAGUAGUUAUGCAUUCUGAAGAAGAUUCUAAGAUGGAAGAAGAAGAGACGCCGCGGACGGAGUCAUGGGACCGAAAAAGUAGAGUUACACUAAUGCCCUUUAUAAAAACUCGCAAGCAUGCCGAUGAGAAGCAAGUUGAAUACGAGGAAGAGAAAUCUACAACGGAGAAGCCUAAACAGCUGCACCCCAAUGAGAUGAUCUUCCCCUUGAUAUACCGCCAGAGCCAUAUUAAUAGCAUGUUCAAGUUCGGUGAUAACUGGUACACUUGGUCCACGGAGAAAAGGAGUGACGGUUCUAAAGCAACUAAUUAUUACAUUUGUUACGAUGAACCAAAGCGUUGCGAUGACAUUGGCUGGGAACGCACAGACGCACCCCCAAAGUGCGCCAUACAAAUAGAUUCGCUUAUGGCAGACGAUCGCGCUUGCAUUAACAGUUUCGGCAUAGAACAUCGCACUAGCGGCAUGUGUGACGGCGCAGAGCAAAUGAAGGUUAGUGAGAUUGUUAAAUCAUGCGGUCCUCGAAUUCGGUCGCUGUGGCGAUUCGCUCGCGUCGGCAGGCGGCCUGCUAAUGCGGCCAAACCAGCAGACGUCAACUCGCUCAUUUGCGAAGACGAGGAGGAAUGUUACCUCACCAUUGAGUAUCGGAUACAUCACGAUCGAAUUACAUUCUCGUUGCACGAGCCGACACGCGGGCAGACGUUCAAGAGUGCAUUAAAACGAGAGCUACCCGUCGAGGAGGAAAACAGAGUCAAUCCGUCGACGGAGAGCCAUUCGCGCCCCACACACAGGAGUAAAAAAGUAGUUAGGGAUGAAGAACCGCGAAACAAGAAAUUCCGCGUAAGGCCAAAAAAUAAAGUCGAAGGUAAAGGGGUGGUGAAGGAAAGAAAUGACUCAGGCUACGCGAACAGAAGAUUCAAGAACAAAGUGAAAGUGCGCGAGGAUGUAUCUGACGAUAUAUCGGAGUAAUAAUAAAGACACUAGCUCGCCGCCGGCGCCGCGUACGCAGCCGCGUAUACACGACCGCCUCAUGUGUGGCACAAAGGUUUUCCUCACAAAAACCUAGUGUCACACAUGUGAGCAUAUUUAUAAAAAUGCUACAAACAUGGCAGUACCGAAUGUUACUUUUCCCUUAAAAGUAAACAGUACAUUAACAUGA